AUGGUCUUCAGGCCAGCACUCCUCACACCACUGCUGCUCCUGGCCCUGGCGGUCCACAGGCUGACGGCAGAUCUGUCUCCUCAAGAUCGGCUCAGCAUGAAUAAGACGGAGGAGUUUCCAUUGCCAUCUUCCUUUUUGCCUCUGAAAGAGUCUGUGCGCCCCAUCUCGGACCAUAACUACUAUGCUAUGGGCGACUCAAGUUCAGAUGAAGACUCAAAGACUGGCGCACAAGGCAUCCAUCUCCUUCUCAGACCACCAGACCUGCUGUCUCCCAGUAUCCCACCGCCUCUGCCCCCGUACGGCCAGCCCACCAUAACUCCCCCACACCCCUCGCUGGAGCACGGCCCGUCGUUAGAAGAGACUUGGGGCUCGGGAGAUUACGUGGAAACUCUGUCCUUUGUGGUGCCGGAAGGGGAUGACCUCGUCUUGGCCACGCCGAUGCCCAGUCAGCCGUAUGACGACGAUGAUGAUGAUGGUACUGACCACUGGGUUUCAUACAACACGGCGUUACCCAAGAGGCCCACACUCCCCCUUGUCUCUCGCCUCUCACCAUCCUUUUCUACUCCCACCAUAGACCUACACACAGGGCCAGACCUGUUCCCCACGUGGGACGAUGACUAUGAUCCAGAUGACAUGAUGCCUCUGGAGCCCACUGAGCUGCUGCUGCCUGACAUGAAUAGUUUGGAGUAUUACACUAACCUGCUCGCCCGGGAAAGGGAACGAGAGCGGGAAUGGGGAAGAGAGCAUACCGUAACUAAACCGUCCAUAUCUCCCACAGCUACACAAUCUCCAACACACAUUCCCCCAACUCCUUUGCCAAGCUCACCUGUCAGUACUGAGGUCAGCAAGCCCACACCCCCCCUAACCCUUUCCCCAACAGUGACAAGCACAGUCAAGCCCUCUGCUGCCCCUACACCUCCACCAAAAGUUAAAGAUUUCACUCCUAUAUCGGUGAAACCCCCGCCUCCUCCACCACCAAACACGACGACUCAAGCUCCCCCUAAAAGCUCACCAUCGUAUCCAAAAAAGCCAGAUCGGCCUUCAGUAAUCACCGAAAAACCCACAACUACUACCCUUGCUUCUACUACCAAAACUACUCUUGCUACAACAACCAAAUCGAUUGCAAAGACCACCCAAAGGACAGUGGUUAGCUUCACCAGGACGCCGCAAGUUUCCACACCUCGCAUCAGCCCGCCAACCAGACAGUACCUUUGCAAUAUCACCAAACCAGAGAUGUUCCUGGUCAGAAUAGUAAGCUCAAAAGGUUCAUCGGCAAGUUUCAGUCCUGUCAGAGAGCUGCUAAAAAGAGAGUUCAACCGCUCUGUGGAGCUCCAGUUUCUGAGAACACCAUCAAGUUUUGCUUUCCGUGUUGUCUCUGGACCUUUGAUCUACACGGCUAUGUCUGUCAUCAAUGCGCUUCGACAAACAGGGCGUGGCUUUGGCCCGAUACCCACAGUCUCUCCUCUCUUUACCGUCCCCGACCUGGUCUAUCAGAUCCACACCAUUCUGCAGUUUGUACCCUCACACAUAGAUGUAAGAGUAUGUAAUUUCAGCCAGCGAGUUGAAAAGGGUUUGCUCAUGGCCUUUGCUGAAAGUCGCAGACGGGCUCAUGAGAAUACCAACAUUAGUAUCCAGCUGUUGAAUAUCACCACUGGUUUGAAGAGACUUGAGAAGCAGCAGAAGGCACCUGUGGACAUUACCUUUGCUGUAAAAGAUGGACGUGGCUACUUGACAGGAUCUGAGGUCAGCGAACACCUGAGGAAACUCAGUCAAGUUGAAUUUAGCUUCUACAUUGGAUUUCCGGCUCUACAGAUCGCAGAGCUGUUGUUGGGUGUUCAGGAUCAGCAGGUUGCUGAGAGAAGCUUUAAAGCUCGACUAGAGAGACGUCUGGCUCUUCUGUUGGAGGAGGGUCUGAGUGGAGUCAGCAGAAGGCGCUGGAGGAGAGCUACAGCCGUCGCCAACAACAGUCUCCAAGUGGUGCGGGUGGCAAAGCUGUCUGGGGCAGAGCGCCCUCUGGAGGUGUUGUAUUUUGUGGAGGGCCCAGGUGGUGUGCGAAUACCUGCAGAGGUCACAGCUGCCACUCUGAACCGUCUCGAUCUGCAGAGGGCAGCGAUCAUAAUUGGACAUAGAGUUCAGAGGCCUUUGGCUCAAUCUGUGGAGAUGCUGACAGUGCCUCCUGCAGAGACUCAGGCCAGCAGCAUCUGGCUCAUUGUUGGUGUUGUGGUUCCUGUCAUCCUGGCUGUCUUCAUUAUCAUCAUUUUGUACUGGAAACUGUGUGGUUCAGAUAAGCUGGAGUUUCAGCCGGAUGCAAUCAACACCAUUCAGCAGAGGCAAAAGCUUCAGGCCCCCAGUGUUAAAGGUUUUGACUUUGCAAAACUACAUCUCGGCCAGCACAGUAAAGAUGACAUUAUGGUGAUUCAGGAGCCUGGAUCUCUGCCAGCUCCUGUCAAAGAGCCAACACCUUCAGAUGGCACAGAUCUUAAUACUCCAAAAUCAAAAGGAUCAUCCACUAAAGUUGCGAGGUCUACCCGACGUAGGGGCAGAAUGAGCCCAUCCGAUGGAGACUCACUUGGCAGUGAUCAGUCUAGUGGCAGAGAGUCAGCAGAGGAGAGUACUCGUCCCGUGGCAACUCCUGUUGAGGGAAAACAACAGAAGAAGCCCAAAAGUGGGAGGAAUAAGAUUGGCAGUGGCCCAGACGAGCUGCUCUCCUCCUCAUCCAUAUUUGACCAUGUUGACCGCGUGUCAAAAGGGUCCUCUGAGUGUGCGCGCCGUCCAGCCAACAAGGUGCAGUUAAUUGCGAUGCAGCCGCGCCCCAGCCCCUCAUCCCAGCACACACCUGCACCACACAGCCCCACUCAUGCAGAGAAGGUGGCUUUGCGGCAAAAGUCAGAGAUUGAGCAUCAUAGGCACAAGCUGAGGCAGCGCGUUAAGAGAAGGGGCCAGUGCGAGUUCCCCUCCAUGGACGACAUCAUGGAUGCAUUUGGGGACGGCCCGGUGCAGAGCGAGGCAGCUCAGCGUCUGUACAGCUCUGCUCAUGAUCACAUGGACUGUAUCCUACAGCCUGACACCCCAUCACCCCCAACUCCCUCAGACUCCAGGAAGAGAGGGAGACGGUCACCGCGGGGUCAUCGCCCUCACCAGGGUCCUGGAAGUCUACCUGAUACAGACAGAGACAGACUGCUCAUGGAUCAUGGAAGUGCCACAUACAGAAAAUAUCCAGGCUUGAACAAUGUGGCAUACAUGUCAGACCCAGAUCUUCCGCAGGACCAUGGAAGUCCUUCUCCCACAGACGAGGUGUUUGACUCUGCUCCUCCACCACCGCCCUACUUGCCCCCGCAGCCGUCUAUAGAAGAGGCCCGGCAGCAGAUGCACUCCCUGCUGGAUGAUGCCUUCGCUCUGGUGUCUCCAUCGUCGCAGAGUAGCGCUGGGGUAAGCGGGUUAAGCCCUGCCCUGCCUUGCCCGUCCCCACAGGUCCGCCGGCCGGGCAGGCAGUGGGGCUCUUACCCAGCCGCCCCCACUCACAGCCCUUUCUCUGCUAGAUACGCAGAGCUGGGGAUGUCACCCACUUCAAUCCAGGGUCUUCUGCAGAAUCAGAUUGGUGCGUACCCUGGGGUUGGCCGCAGUAUGUCCGGCCCCACUGGCUCUAGUUGGAUCCAACAGCAUUCAGACCAGGAACUCUCCAGACCUGGAGCAAGUCGAGAGAGUGUGCUAUCAUUCCCGGAGUUCUCUUCGUCAUCUGUUUUCCAGAUGCCUAGUUCAUCGUUGAGGGACUCUCAUGCUCCUCCUCUCCUCUUGACUUCACCGACUCCUGAGUAUCCUCCAGACGACGCGUCUCCCUCGGCACACACCUCAGCUUCUCUAAUAAAAGCGAUCAGGGAGGAGCUGCGUCGCUUGGCACAAAAACAGACAGCAGUAACCAGCUAUCCCUAA